AUGGCCUCACCAAGCAUUUCAAGUCAAAUACGCAAUGGGGAAUCGACUGCUUCAUUAUCAAGCACGCAAGUACGCGUAAGAUCUUCGUUCGCAUCACUACGUCAAUCAUUGUCAUCAGGAAUCUCGUCAUUUAAAACAAAGGAAACCACAUCCGGCUACACCGGAGAAGACAUACCGCUUUCUGAAAAUGUCGGGCGUGGUUAUGUUAAUCGAAGCAUUGAUUAUGAAGCGGAGGGUGAAGGUGGGAUUGGAAGCAGUAGUAAUCAUGACGCUGACGCAAGUAGGUUGCCACCCACAGGGCGUCAAUCAUCGGGCUACCAGCGACAAAUCGACGACGAUCCCGCUCAGGCUGACGGAGGUUCAGUAGAUGAUGAGGAAGGAGAGGAAUGGGUUGAAAUUGGGAUUAGGAGAUUUCGUAUUUUAUAG